AUGAAGACCUUCCUCUUUUUGCUUUGUCUUGCGAGCAGAGUGCUCUCGUGGGGCGAACUAGGUCACCGCACAGUCGGAUAUCUUGCUCAGAUGUACUUCUCUUCCGAGGCUGAAAGUCUGUUCGACGAGCUCGUGCGCCCAACCGAGUCAUUUGACAUUUCCGACGGUGCAGUUUGGGCCGAUGAUCGGAAGGUGCAAGGCAGAAUGGCUUGGUCAAAGGCGUGGCAUUUCAUCGAUGCAAAGGACAAUCCACCAAGGAAGUGCAAGGUGAAUUUCAAUGCCGACUGCGAUCCCGACAAGAAAUGUAUUAUCGCGGCCAUCGCGAACUUGACCACACAAGUCAAUAACCCGGGUUUGAAACGAGAUGACCAGAGUGAUGCUCUAAAGUUCCUUCUCCACUUCCUCGGGGACGUCAGCCAGCCUUUACACACAGAGCAGAAAUGCCGCGGAGGCACGAAGCUGAUGGUGCAAUGGGGUAAACCAGGUUCCAGGGAAGAGAACCUUCACGAGAUCUGGGACAAGUUCAUCAUCCAGAAGCUCCGAGAAUAUAAGCAGCCACGGGAGAGUGACCCAGACAAUGUUUACGACAAACAAAUCUCGGUCAAGUGGGCGGCGGACCUAAAGGAAAAACUCGAUGAUGGCAGCAUAGAUGUAUCCAGGGAAUGCACGGACAUACACGAGGCACAGAAGUGUGCACUGGAGUGGGCGUCCCAGGCUAAUGCGUUCAUCUGCACAUACGUGCUCAAGGACGUUGGCGUCAAUCUCGGACCUGAUCCUUGUGAGCAAUGCUGUCUGUGGGACUGGCAAGGGCCGGCCGACCUUUCCAAGGAGUACUACGAGGGCGCGGUCCCCAUCGUCGAGGAACAAGUUGCUAAAGCCGGGUGGAGGCUCGGGCAGUGGAUCAAUGCUUUGGCGGAGCAGCGAGUCAACAUGAAGAGAGUUGGAGUAGUGUUCAGCGAUGACGUGUUACAAGUGCAGCCCAAGCUGGAAAUGUAG